AUGGCGCAGAUCAGCAAACCACAAGUGCUGGUGGUUGCUGGAGCAAGCGCGUUGCUGUUGACGCUGUUGGCAGUCCGCCACAAACGAACACAAUCAGCGCCAAAGGCUUAUGAGCUUCCUUCCUGGUUGCGCUGGUUGGAGGAAAGUUCGUCGCACUUGCAAGUGCGGAUGCGAGAGUGGGAGGAUGGCCACUGGCGUCGAAGUCGGGGAUGGCACGGUUCCGACCUUCUUCACAGCCCGGACAGCGCAGUGUACAUCCCGUGCUACUUUUACAGCCCCGAUGAGAAGAUACUACAGGGGCCCGUGGAGUUCCGUCGAGGGGCUGAAAGCCACCGAGGGCUCUGCCACGGUGGUGCCAUGACCUCUGCCAUGGAUGACGUCCUCGGCCACCUGGCCUUCCUGGCAGCCGGCACUGGCCCCUGGAACGGUGCGACGGUGCAGGGGGAGGCACAGGUUCGGGCGACGAAGCCAACUCAGUGCAUCCCGACCUUGGACCUCCUUUUUGGGGAACAUUCGAAUGGCGCGCCGGAGCCGCGGAAGAUGCUCGUGACCGAAGCGGCCCAUGUGAAGGGGUCUGCGUCUUUGGCCAAGUCAAUCCAAGCCCGGAGCUGGCUCGCGCUGCGACAUUUCGCAUGGGAGCGGGAACUGCAGUGCAGCACAUGCUUUCUCUACAUUGAUCCCUGCGCAAGUGCCCCCAGAAUGGGCCUAAGCAAAGCCUUGAUGAUCCCGUCUAAGGGAAUACCAGUCGCCCGCCGGUCCAACUUGAGCUGUCUGAGCUGGUGCCAAGCUCGCCCCGCCGGGGCCACUAUGCUCCAGCGCCUGCUAGAGGGACAUCGUUUUGACCAACUUGGCCGCGCUUUGCCCCCGCUGCCCCGCCUUGACUUCGUCACCAAAGCAUGCUGGGAUUGGGAUAAGAAAGGCUAUCCAGGCCAUCUUCUUGUUCACGGACGGGUCAUGGGAUCCGGCUAG